AUAUUGUGCACACAAAAAGUCGCACAACUCAUCUUACCGAUCCAUUUCUUCUUCUUCUUCUUCUCUAAUCUUAUUUUUCUUCUGAAAGAAAAAACCCCCCCCAUUUUUCUGAAACAAAAACCCCAUUUUCUCUUCUCCUUUCCUCUCUCAGUCCUUGAAUUCAGCCUUCAUAGCCAUGAAAACUCAGGCUCCGAAAAACUCAGGUUCCAGCUUUCACGCGGGUUUUGGCUAGUUUAGUUGUUUGUUUUUCAUCUAAAGAGUUCUCGUUUUACUCCAUCGAAUUGCUGCUGCCCACUAAAGUCUCUAUAAUAAUCUUUUCGUAUUUCAAAGAUGACAAUCGAUAAGGGUUGGAUAUUUUUACGGGAUCGCACUAAUCCUGCUUACUGGAGAGGUAUCUUAGCCUUUUCAGAAAUGGCUGAACAACACAAGGGCUCUGACGGUAAAAUCAGAUGUCCUUGUGUGAAAUGCGUCAACAACAAACGACACACUCCAGUGGAUGUGCGUGGACACAUAUUGCGUUGGGGUUUUCAAACUAGCUACGAGCAGUGGGUUUUUCACGGAGAAGAGGAAGCUAUUGUAGCUGAUGUGGUAGUCGAUGAGAAUGAUGUAGAUGAGAUGCGUGAUGAUCGAGAAAAUAUGAAAUAUGUUUCAACCCAAGGAACAAAAUCUUUGGCUGAGAGGCGUCAUGAAUUAGAGCAGUUGCAAGCAGCUCGAGAAGCUCGUUCUCAGAUAGAUUCUGAAUCUGGGUCAUCAACUGAUCAUGUCAGCAUCUUUGAAGAGGCGUUGGGUCAGAGGCGGGGUCACGUUCGUGGAAUUGGUCGUAGAUUGAAGGGUUCAUCUUCAAGUAGUCGUGCCCAAUCCACCCAAUCACAGGCACCUUCACAAGAUUUGGUAAAUGACAUGAGUGUGAUGUUUACUCUCUUCUCAUCUCAAAUAGACCCAUUAAAUAUGGACCCUACAAAGCUAGCAAUGUUUAAUAUGCUUAAGAAUAAGUACUCCACUCCAGCGCCUCAACCGUCUCAGAAAAACAUGUCUCAAGGAUCCCCUGCACAUUCUCAACAUUCAGCGGCAUCAUCUGACAUGCAAAAAUCUUCGACAUCACAGCCUCAACAUCAACUACAGCCGCUCUCGCAGCCCUUGCCACAACCAUCACACCCUCCACCGCCUUACCCUUACAUGUAUGGACCACCGUACACACAUCCAUACAUGUACGGAGAAAUUUCACAGCAGCGUCCUUCUGCUUUCUUUCCAGGGUUGACUGAUAUGGCUGGAUCAUCACAGCAACCUUCGCCAUCACAGCAGGCUCAGCCAGCCUACCCAUAUCAAUGGAUGAUGGGGGCACCGACAUCUCAGCCGCUACAGCCACCACAUACAUCACAGCCGCUACAACCACCUCAGACAUCACAGCCGCUACAACAACCUCAAACAUCACAGCGCUAGCCAUCGAGCCUUCCAGAGUUCGAUAAGAACGAGAGAUCAAAUGACUUUUUAUCUCAGUUGUAGAACUAAAAGACUACUAUUAUAUUUUUUUUUUGGAAGAACUAUUAUAAUAUUUUUUUUCUCUAAUUAAGUUGUCUUAGUUAUUAAUAUUUGUAAGAACUAUUUAAUUUUAUUAUGUUAUUGUGCUACUAUAUUAAUGAAGUAAUUUAAAUUUGAUAUUAAUUAUUAUUUUUAAUUUUAUUUGUUAUUAUUAUUAUUUUU